UCUUAGAGUGGCGUUAGGACUACAGGUAGCCACGGUGACGGAGGAAACAGAGGAAGCACACAGUAUUGUUGAAAAAUAAAGAAGUUUAAAGUGUUUCUGCGCUUUCAGAAAGCUGAAUGGGAGGAUGACGCAUCUGUUAGGACGCCAGGACUGCGUGGAGAGUCUCCGCAGGGACGUUAUCGACCUGCAGGCGGCGGUUCUGGACGUGUUUUCUCGAACCGGGCCGGUCCGCGUUCCAUCGUGGAAAUUCCCCGAUAAGGUAUCGUGUAAUGUGGACCUGGUGCAGCUCCUGCAGGAAUAUGACUAUACUGAGGGAGAGCCUGAGUUCAACCAGCACUCACACAUCGUCUUGCUGGAGCUGGUGAUUGACAGACUGAUGCUACUGCUGCAGAGUUUUAACAUCUACACAGAGAUGAUGAUGGGAGAUCAGAGAGGCCAUUCUGGCAAAACUGGGCAAGGGGUGUCCAUCGGGCCAGUGGUGAAACGCUAUUGGACCAACCUCGUCCGGCUUAGCAGCCAGCAGCAACAAGGGAGAACAACUAGUAAAAACAGCCAGCGUUCUCCAUCUGCUCCUCAGCACAGCAUCUCACAAACUGACAUCACUUCAUCCACUGCUAGAAGUGCCCUGAGCACCCCAGCCUCCAAACUACAGAACCAACGCCCAGCCUCCUCCAGCCCCAGCAGGACAGCUCCCCCUGCCCCUGCCUCUGAGUCCCGCAGUGUGAGCGUUCAGACAGUGGAGUCUGCACUGGUGCCGUGUACAGCCUGUGCCCGCGUUCAGUCCAGUCUGAAGGAGAGUGCAGAGGCGUGCUUGUCUCUGUGCCGGGCUCUGGGUGUGAACUCCUUCCUGCAGCACCUGCUGAUGGCUGUGGAGGACACGGAGCAGCUGGGGCGUCUCACUGCAAGUGACUUGGCUCAGUGGGCAUGUGAGCAGCGUAAAGAUAUGGGGCGCAUUGAACAACACAUUACUGAGGUGAAAGAAACAGUGGAUUCACUUAGAAACAAACUGAAAAAAGCAGAAGAGCAGAGAGGGAAGCUGAGGGCUCAGCUGGAGCAAGAGAAGGAGAGAGCAGAGAGAGAAAGAGAGGAGAGGAUGAGCAGGGAAGAGGAGUGGGAGCGCCAGCUGCAGGAGCUGAAGACCAGAGGAGAGGUGAUGCAGAGGAAGCUACAGGAGGAGCAAGAGGAGAUAAAGAGAGGAGCAAAAGCUUUAGAAAUAAGAGUAUCAGAGCUGAGCAGAGAGCUGGAGCUGCAAAGAGAAACACAGCAGUGUCUCCAGUGUGAGAGGGAUUCUCUGGUGGAGGAGGUGCACCGUCUGCAUCUGCAGGAAGAGGAGAGGAAGAGAGAGUAUCAGGAGAGCAGGAGAGAGUUAGAGACGGAGCUCAGUAACAUUCAAACACUGCUGGACAAGGAGAGCGCCAAAUACCGCAGUGCACAACGUCAGCAUGAGGCAAUGCAGGUAAAGCAGCAUGCUCUGCUGGAGCGUGUGGAUGCGUUAGUGCAGCAGUGUGAGGAUCUGCAGACUCGUUUGGAAGAGUGUGAAGACGAAAGGACAGAGCUGACACACACACUCACACACACCACACAGGAGAGAGACACACUGCAGGAACAGAUCACAAAGCAAAAGUCUCAGUACCAGUCUCUGACCGAGGAGAGAGAGAGGCAGAUUGAGCGAGUGUGUGAGCUGGAGAAGAGUGUGUGUCAGCUAAAUGAGGAUUUACAGCAGGCUGCUCAGAGAGAAAGGAUACUUGUGGCCUUUCCAGAGCUCAACCCUCAACACACAGCACCACAAAGUACGGGUGAUGUUCUGGGUGAUAUGGAGCAGCAGCUAAAGGCCAACUCACUGCGGAUCAGAGUUCUGGAACAUGAGAAUGCAUCUCUUGUCAACAGCCUGGCCAGACUAAAAGACAAUGCUCAGUGCAGAGGUGACCAGCCUGGAUGUCAACAUUCUGAAGGACCAGCAGGGUGUAAAACUGAUUCAGCAGCCAGGCUGAGAAGCUGUGACUACCCUACAUCCCAGCAAUCCUCAUCGCCUUCUCCUCUUCACCAACAGACCCUCUGCCUCUCCCUCAGUCCAAAUGCUGCAGAGACAUACACAAAGAUACGUCAAACUGCGCGCACCCGCUCUGCCGGCAUCCCCCGCAGGAGGAAAUGAUACUACAUGACUACACAGUACUCAUAAACACAAAUGACCUGGUUAAGUAAUUUUCAACCAGAAGGCAGGUUGGGCAUGUUUAUAUUUAAUGCCACACUAGGUUUCCAGAAGAAAACCUGAGUUUGCAAAAUGUUUCAUCAUAAUGGUGAUGCAAACAGUUCCUGUAAACACCAAGCGCAUCAUGAUGCAUUAUCAACACUGUCACAGACAGGUGUUCUGAUCUAACAUCAUUAAACACACCCUCAUCAAUGUCUGACCCAAUCUGAACAUAUGAGAUCAGCUGCUGGAAAGCAGAUAGCCCAUCCCCAAGGCCUCAAUACUGAAAUUAGAUGAUGCUGUUUUUAAAAAAUAAAGAUGUUUUUAUGGUGCAAGAUGGAAAAUCUGUAAGCAUUAUAGCUCUACAUCUAACUACCAAAUAAAAUCAAAUGAGAACAUAAUGUGACCUGUUUGUAACAUGUUUAGCCUUACACAGCAGACACUUUUUAUAGUGUAUACACUGUAUAUAGAUACUAGGACUGCAACUAAUAAUUAUUUUGCUAAUUAAAUUAUCUGUCUAUUCUUUUUUUCUAAA